AUGCCCACGCCCGACCGACCCCUCACCCCCCGUCCGAUCAGGCUGGCGAGAACCCUCGGCGAACCCGCGCCGAGCCCCAAGCGCCGCGGGCAUCGCGACGCCUUCGACGGCGUCGACGACACGCGCGCGUCGUGGGACAUGGCGACGGCAUCCUUCGCAAACUCCGCCGCGCCCUCCCCGAUCGCCCCGCUUGGAGGUCUUCGAAAGCCGCCGUCCACGAACGCGCCGCUGCAACCGGCGACGCCCGCGGGCAGCGCCUCGGGACGCGAGGGGGGUGACCGCGCGUGGGGACCCGCGUUGGCGGGAUCCGCGAACCCCUCGCCGUCCGAGGCCAACCCGCAUCCUUGGCCAAUGCCCGACGCCAAUCGCCAAAACCAAAUCCAAAACCAAAACGGGAGGCGGCUCUCCGCGGAGAGCGCUCGGUCGGCGCGGACCCAGGACGACCCGCACGUGCUCUCGCAGCCGAACGACUUCGAGGCGUCGUCGCCGCUUCGCGAGGGUUCGAACGGCGACGACGGCGACGCGGGCGGGGAAAGCGAUCCAUCCGCCGCGGAGCUCCGCGAACGACUCCGCCGAGCCGAGGCUUCCAUUCGUUCGAUGCGCGUUAAGCUCGAGGACGUCGCGGAACGCGCGCGGAUGGACGCGUUAACUCGCGAAAGCGCGGAGGCCACCGCGGCGGACCUCGAACGGACGCUCGCCAAGUUUGCGACGCAGAACGAGGAGAUGCUGGCGGCGGUUAAGCGUCAGACGAACCGGGCGAUUGACGCGGAACAAAAAGCGAAAAUCGCCGAGCGCGCCGUCGGCGAGACGCGACUGUCCGACGCUCGAAGGCUGGAGGUGGCGAUGAAGGCGGGGUACCUCGCGAGGUACUGGCGUUCCGCGUUCGCGCUCGGGGUGGCGCCGGGGGGAGGGGGCGGGUGCAUGGCGAGGGAGGCGGCGACGUGGUCGGCGAGGGCGCCCGCGGGUGGCGUCGACGCGUUGGUCGGAUUGAUGCGGCGGGUCGCGAGGGAAGGGGGCGCGCACUCCGAGCACCAGAGCGUCACGCCCGUCGCCAAGGAGUUUUUCGCGGGGAGGGAGUACGGGGGUGCCGACGGGGGUGCCGACGGGGGUGCCGACGGGGGUGCCGACGGGUCCAGGCUGUGGCGACCGUCCACGCUGGCGGAUGCGAUUGACGUCGAGAUUGGCCUAAGGGUGAUGAGAGACGCGAGGGUGGAAGAGGCGGUGCUCGUGGCGCUCGCUGACAGGCGCCGCGCGCUCGCCGAGCGCACGUGCGGCGACGUCGGGUCUGUCUCCGUCUCGGGUACGUCGGGUCCCGGCGGCCGGUCCGGGGAUUGGAUCACGCUGAGCGAGGCUGAGGAGGCGGAGGUUGCGUACCGGCGCGCGUGGCUGGCGUUUCUGUGGUGGCGCGCGAGGGGGGCGAGGGUGGAACCGGGCGUGUGCGAGGGUCGGUGCGAGGAGUGGUUCAGGCGCGUCGCCGGGACGACGCCGACGUUCGACGCGGCGCGGGAGGCGCUGGAGGUGGAGGAGGGGCUGCGGGAGCUGAGGGAGCUCGGGGUGGAGGCGCAGCUGUGGAGGCGGUCGGGGCCGAGCCCGGCGGGGGAAAGGCGUUUAUCGAGAGGGCCGGGGCUGGUUCCCGGCGGGUGA